AUGCGCGCCCCCACGACGCUAGGACUCGCUGCGCUGCUGCUCCUGGCGCUGGGCGGCCUCUACCUCUCGCACGUGUCGCUCGCGGCCGACCCCGCACACCACGCGCCGCAGGGCGACCUCCUCGCGCGCCUGCGGGCUACGGAGCAGCGCGCGGCCGCAGCUGAAAAACUCGCGGCCGACGCCAUCGCGCACGCGCGCGAGAUGCGCCUCGCGCGCGACGCGGCCGCCGCCGGGCGGCCCGCGCCCCAGGCGCCUGUCGUCGCCGCAUCAACGCAUCGGGACGCGCCGCCCGCGGCACAAAGCGUCGAGGCGGCCAUCGAGUCCUGGCUCGCCGCGCCGCCCUCCUUACCGGCGCCGCCGGCCGCGCCGCCUAAACGGACGCCGGGCCCGCUCUCUACCUAUGAGCCGCCGGCGCCGCCCAAACGCGUUCAUGACGGCGGCGCAUCGACAGAGAAGAAGUUGACAAUAGCGCAAAGCCUCGGCCGCAAGCGCGAGACCAUCGCCGACCGCGUCACGCACACACCACCCGCAAAAAAAGGACCAGUGAGCCCGUACAACCCGGUUAAGCCCUACCCUGGAAGCUUGGACGUGUGCUACGACCACGAGGGUGAAUCUGAGAGAGUCUGCGUCUCCCCGGAGAUCCAGUUCCGCACGCGCAGCAAGGUCCACUGGAUUCCCGCGGACCCGUCCAAGCCCGGUUGGCGCUUCCAUUUACUCGUUGAAGAUGGGUUUGCGAAGCACCCUUUUAUUGAACCUGUUAUGGAUGCAACAGGGGCGGACUUCGUUUUAUACUUACCGGUCUCGACGCGGACGCCUCCUUCGUGGAUCAGAGACAAGAAGGAACAACGACAAUUAAUCGUGCUAGACGAGGGCGACGGCGCCGGCUAUUUUCCCGCCGUGAAGCAAGAUGAUUACUUGGCGUAUUUCAAAAGAUCCUGGGUGUCGAAGCGAGAUGGCGCGUAUACCGGGCACGGUCGACGGUACCAGCGGCACUACUACCCGUUAGCUUACUCCAUUGCCGAUUCCUACUUUGAUGCGGCGAACAUGGGCAAAAUGGCAAGAACCAUCGACAUCUUGUGUAGCAACCGGCCCCACGAGCGCCAGCCGACUAGAUCACGAAUCGUGAGCUGGAUCCACGACUACCUCGAGAAGCAUGCCGACGUGAAGGGUAUUGCUGGAGAUGUGAAUAGCGGCGGUCGCAGAGAAAUCAACGAGGUCUACUUCAAUUCGAUGCGGAGGGCGAAGAUCGUCGUGACGUGUAAUCCGAGCCAUUGGGAGGGCGACUUCCGGACGUUCGAGGCGCUGGCUUCCGGUGCUUUGGUGUUCGUCGACGAGAUGUACACGCCGCACCCGCGACCGUUUGUGGAUGGGGAGCACGUCGUUGUUUACGACAACUCGGAUCCGGACGCGUUCUUCCAGAAGCUGGACUAUUAUCUUUCUCAUCCUCAAGAGGCGCAGAAGCUCGCCGCGGCUGGCUUGAGACAUGCUCUUCGCUAUCACAGAGCCGUGUCGCGGCUGGACUUUGUGUUGCGGAGCGCGCACGAGCUGCGAGCGGAGGAGUCGUCAUAUACUUACACUGCUCAACAAAUAAAGGACGACGUCAAGGCUACCACGCAAGUAGAACCUAUCGUCGAUAUCGGCGGCGCUUAUCGGGAUGUCAAGUCCGUGAGUGCGACCGCGAACGUGGGGCGGAGGAAGAAGCCGGCGCCGCUGUCGAAGGACGACAUCCAGCGGCUCGUGCAGCAGAACCGGGCCCACCGGAAGAGCCUCGGGUUCAAGCGCCGUUAG